GUUUCAUUCCAUAAACACGCCACCGUGUGUUGUAUGUUUUUCCUUCCUUCAUUUGUUAAUUAAUUUGUGUCUCUAUUAGAGAUGUUAGAGAGAGAAAGAAAGAGGCGAUAUGGUUUGUUAAUGUGUGGGGAAGAUUCAGAGUACUUGUUAAAGAGACAUGGAGGUUGUUAUGGUUUCUUCACAACAAUGUUAGCUGAGGAAGGAGAAACAUGGGACCUUUACAAAGUUGUUUGUGGAGAGUUUCCUGAAAACGAUGAUGUUCCUUUCUAUGAUGGUUUUGUAAUCACUGGAAGCUGCCAUGAUGCACAUGCCAAUCAUCCUUGGAUUCUUCAACUACUUACUCUUGUUCAUACAUUGGAUUCUCUCAAUAAAAAAAUCCUUGGCAUUUGCUUCGGUCAUCAGAUACUUGGGCGUGCAUUGGGAGGGAAGGUGGGUCGAUCUGCCUCUGGUUGGGACAUUGGUGUCACAUCCAUCAAUUUCUUACCAUCAUCCUCUUUUUCAUCAUUGCCUUCAAACCUUUCACUCUUCGAAUGUCACCGGGACGAGGUUCGAGAUUUGCCUGCAAAAGCUGAGGUAAUUGGUUGGUCUGAAAAAACUGGAAUUGAGAUGUUUAGAUAUGGAGAUAACAUGUUAGGCAUCCAAGGCCACCCUGAAUUCAACAUUGACAUAUUUUUUCACUUUGUUGACCGUCUUCUUCACCGUAAUUUCAUUCAGGAACCUUAUGCUACGGAUGUAAAGGUGAAAGCAGCAUUGUGGGAGCCAGACAGUGAGGCAUGGAAAACACUGUGCCUCUCCUUUCUUAAACCUCAAUUAUGAAUCAAUAAUUGAGUAACCAACAAUUAAAUAAUUCUGCAUGAUGAUAAUAAUAAGAAGGGUCUCCUUUAAAUUGAGGAAAUAAAAAUGUGGAGAAUUUCUAAUUUUUGACUUAUUUGUGAAAGGAAAAGAAUGAAAAAAAACAUCACAUUUGUUAGUGAGUGCUUGGUGUACUUGGUUGAAAAAGAAUGAUGGUCAAAAGAAAAGUGGCAAAUUUAAAGAGGUGGUUAAUGACAACGUUGAAAUGGUGUCUUGGUGUUUGUGUUAUCAAUUGAGAGGGUGGAAAUUAAAAAAAACAUAUUGGUGGACAAAUCUUUUAUCAUGCCUCCAAAGUGUACGAUUCUCUUUUGUAUAUGGGUUUGAAACAUCCAUUAGUUGUAAUGAAUUUUGAGUACACUUGUAUUUAUUUCAAUAAACUUUGCUUAUAAUAAAUAAAUAAAUAAAAAGACAUGAUAGUUACAACCUCAAUGUCA